ACUAUACAUCUCUGAACUAUAUUGUGACCCAAAAGUCAACCUGUUGUGAAGUUUUCUUGGCGGGAUCUGUUCCGAAGGGGAUUUGCCUUUGUCUUCCUUGGAAACUGAACAUGAUGAUGAUGAUGAUAAUAAUAAUAAUAAUUUAUUUGUAUUCUGCCCUAUCUCCCAUUCCAUUCCUAAACUCAAACCACUGAAUUCUCGUGGCUUCCCAGAUACUUUCUGGGAUCAUUUGAUCUGGUCAUGUAAGUGUGAUUUAUUGUUAUAAUUGUAUUGUUUUACUUUUUUAAUAAUGUGUAUUAUGUUGUUAUGUAAUGUUUGUGUUUGCUUUUAUGACUGUAAACCGCCCUGAGUCCCAUCCGGGAGAUAGGGCGGUAUAUAAAUAAAGUUUUAUUAUUAUUAUUUAUUUAUUUAUUUCCAAUAUUUUUAUCCCGCCCUUCUCACCCGAAGGGACUCAGGGCGGCGUACAAAAUUGGCAACAAUUCGAUGCCAAUAUUCAUCAUGGCUUUAAUCUUUCUUUAUAAAUUAUAUAAAAAUGGGGAACAUGUAUGGUUACAGAACUUUUCUCUCUCUUCUAAAUGCACUCUCGAGUUGCUCUGGCACAAAGCAGCUUCUUUGUUUUUCACUUUCAAGGAAAACCAUUGCUACAAAAAACUGGCACAUUAUUCUGUUGAAAAAGACAAUUAUUAUUAUUAUCAUUUCCAGAAAGUAAAAUCCUUUUUGGAGGUCAUUUCUAGUUUUAUGUGCCGUUGUCUUAUCAAUUCUAAGACUUCCCAGCUCCAAAGUCAAGGACAACAGAAGGCGUGGAGCAAGUUACUCAGUGAUGGCCGCAUAAUUUUAUAACAAGUCCCAGCAACACUUGACUUCCUGGGCUUUACUUGAAAUGCAUUUGGCCACUUUUCGAGCUUCUUUAAUUGCAAAGAGCCCGAGAUCUGCCUCUUCCUCUGUUAUUAUUGUCCUUUUGGCCAUUAUUGCACAUCGUCCUUCUUUGCAACGUGCUCUCGUUUCUCCUUUGUUUUCCGGCUUGCAAUCAGUCUGGAGAUGGGCCACUCUCUGGAUCGGCUCCAGUGAAACCCGAAAACCGGCAUUAUUUGGUUUAAUGGCGUGUGAAAGUCAAAAGCCUCUUGCUGUGAGGGGACGCUUUCCAAAUGCAAUAUAUUCCUUUCCAUUCACGGAUCAUCCCUUGAAUGUAUUUCUUACAAGCCAAACUUGUAAUUCAAGCUGUCUGGCAAGACUUCUGCUUUGCUUCACAAUCGUGCGGUCUCCAUUCCAAAGACGUUUGCGUGUUUACCUCAAUCCGUAUUGGCUCUUUUCCAAUAUUUUUGUUCUUGUUUCCCAAAAAUCACGGCUGCUGAGUACAGGUUAAGCCUAUCCGAGUCCGACUCUGGCUGUUGGUGCUCAUCUCCAUUUCUAAGCCGAAGAGCUGGCGUUGUCCUUAGACACCUCCAAGGUCAUGUGGUCAUUUGCAUGGUUGCAUGGAGCACUGUUACCUUCCCGCCGGAGCGGUACCUAUUGAUCUACUCACAUUGGCAUGUUUUCGAACUGCUAGGUUGGCUGAAGCUGGGCCCCCCGGUGGUGCAGUGUGUCAAAGCGCUGAGCUGCUGAACUUGCGCACUGAAAGGUCGCAGGUUCGAAUCCGGAGAACGGAGUGAGCACCCACUGUUAGCCCCAGCUUCUGCCACCCUUGUCAAACUACACCCCGCAUAAUUCCAUAGCAUUGAGCCAAGGCAAUUAAGGUGGAUUUGAAGGGGUAAUAUUUAUAUUGUGUUUCUACCAUUUCAAUGAUGGACUUGAGAGUGUUUUUGCUGUGCAAAAUGUAUGCCUUGUUUAGUGGCCUUGCAGCCGUGGCCAUCUCCAGGGCUGCUGUCAUGGUGUCUCUUUUCCUGGGAGAGCCAAGGCUGGGCAAACACCAGGCUUGUUCCAUCCCAUGGCUGUGCCUUCUCAUUUGGAUGCCCGGAGAGUAGCCGUGCCGUACUUUGUUCCCUGUCGAGAGGCACCGCCUUCCCUCCUUCUGCCCGCCCUCCAAAGCAAGAGCAAGGCCCCCCUGCUGCCAUAAAACCCUGCCUUGGGUGGAAGGAAGGAAGGAAGGAAAGAAGAAAGGAAGGAAGGAAGGAAGGAAGGAAGGAAGGAAGGAAGGAAGGAAGGAAGGAAGGAAGGAAGGAAGGAAGGAAGGAAAGAAGAAAGGAAGGAAGGAAGGAAGGAAGGAGAGCUUCAUGGACAGCCUCUGCCUCGGCGGGAUGCGCUCCCUAUGGCUCCCCAAAGCGCCCUUGUGCGUGAAGGAGCCCAAAGCAGAGAAAGGGGGAGAGGAGGAAGCCCGGGGCGAGAGCGCCGCCCGCAAAGGCCCGGCCAAGAGGAAGAGGCCCCAGCGCCGCUCCCGCACCGCCUUCAGCGACUCCCAGCUGCAGGACUUGGAGAGCGCCUUCCGCACCACCCACUAUCCGGACGUCUUCGCCAGGGAGGAACUGGCCAUGCGUCUGGACCUCACAGAAGCCCGAGUUCAGGUUUGGUUCCAGAACCGGCGGGCCAAGUGGCGGAAGCAGGAGAAGGCGGGGCUGGUGGGGGGCCUCUACCUGGACGAGGUCUCCCCCAGCCCGGCCUGGAGGGCCCUGCCCGUCUCCCCAGCGGCACCUGCCUUCGGACCCCCAGCCGUGGCCCUGCCGUUCGGCCUCGGCAGCUUCGCCUGGAUGAUGUCCUUCUUCCGCGGCCCCCUCCUCGGACCCCCUCCGCUGGGAAGGUUCCUUGGCCCCUUGAGCCCCUUUGUGGCCACGGCCUCCGUCCUGGUGAAGGCGCCUGGACCUGCGGCGGACCCUCUUCCCACAGCCCUUGCGGAUCCUUUCGCAGCUGAAACCAAACCCUCUGCUCUCCCUGCGCGGCAGCAUCGUCCAGCCAGAGCCCGUUCUCCGGCCGCCCAGCCAGUCCCUCCGCCCGACCGGGCCCCGCUCUCCGUCCUUUCCUGCUGUGCAAAGGAACCAUGUUCGCCCUCUUUGUUUGGGGACUGGGAUCCGGCACAAGCCAAACGACACAAUGUGCAGUGAAGAGAUGCCACCCAAACACCCUCCGCGGAGAUGAACCAAAGCCCGAAGCGUUGCCGUAACUUGCAUAUUUCGCCCCUUUCUGUAUCCGGAGCCAUUUGUUUGCCAUUGAAUUGCUUAUAUAUAUAAAAAAUAAAGUUGAGCAAGAACUG